UGCGCGCAAAUAUCUUAGCUCGCUUUUGUCCCGGAAGAACAAGAUUUCUCAUCGUGUCAGUUGUCGUCACCCUUCGUGCCAAAACAACUUCUUUCUAGACCAGGCUGUAAAAUGGCUGGAACGGCUUUAAAAAGACUCAUGGCUGAAUACAAACAACUAACCCUCAACCCUCCAGAGGGGAUUGUAGCAGGGCCUGUAAAUGAAGAAAAUUUCUUUGAAUGGGAGGCUCUGAUUAUGGGACCAGAGGACACAUGUUUUGAGGGAGGAGUGUUCCCUGCCAUCCUCAGUUUCCCUUCAGACUACCCUCUCAGUCCUCCCAAGAUGAAGUUCACCUGUGACAUGUUUCAUCCGAACAUCUAUCCAGACGGCCGUGUGUGUAUCUCAAUCCUGCACGCUCCUGGUGACGACCCCAUGGGCUACGAGAGCAGUGCUGAGAGAUGGAGUCCGGUGCAGAGCGUGGAGAAGAUCCUGCUGUCUGUGGUCAGCAUGCUCGCUGAGCCCAACGAUGAGAGCGGAGCGAACGUGGAUGCCUCGAAGAUGUGGCGCGAAGACAGAGAGCAGUUCAAUCGACUAGCUAAGCAGAUCGUGCGCAAGUCUCUGGGCCUCUGACUCUCCUGUGUACAGACACACUCUCACGCUCCAGGACAGUGAGGAUCAGACCCCCCAUGGAAGAGAACGGUGUCUGUGCUGAGUGUUGUAGUGUACUACCCCCUACCUCCACCAGUGUGAGCACUUUACUCCCAUCCAGGCUUUCAUACUCUCUUCCCAGUCCUCUCCUCUCCUGUGAUUGGGUGGAUGCGUUGGACAAGCGGCUUUCGAUGACAAAGGCAAAGCAUUCUACAUUCACCGGACAGUGUUCUAAAAGAGAGCCAAGCAUCAUUCACUCAAUAAGUACACAAUACAGUUCUUCACAGCCGUUUUGGGCUGCCGGUUCGUCUGUCAUGCCUGUUACCUGUCAUAGUUAAGCAAUGGAAUGCAGCUUUGGUUUGCCGACAGUAUGCGGAUGCAUGCUUCAAUGCCUCAUUCUAAUAAAACGCAUCAUGAGGCAACGACUGAGACUAUCACAUCCAGAGUAUAUUAAUGAUCUUUUAGAAAUAAGGUAAAAGAUCGCGUCGAUGGAUGCGAAUUCAAGAAAUGUCCUAAUUAAAUACAGUCGAUUACUUCAAUGCAAAAAUGUUUUGAAAUUUUGGUAUGGUUUUCUUCAAUUUCACUUUUUACUUUUAUGGAGGUUUUUAGAUCCAUUAGUUGCAAGCUGGAAUCACCCGGCCUUCGGCAGAAAGACAUACCAAAAUAAUUACUUUAAUUAAAAAAUCUUUUGUCUGUUCUGAAGGAUUGUAAAGCCAAUAAAAUCAAUAAAUGUUUGUGAUUUAUGAA